AUGAAUGGUUCGCGGAACACUGAUUCUACUAUAAGUCAGCCCGGAUCAGCGCAAGUGAAAAGGGAGGAGAACCUGGAUUACCUGUUUGAAAGUGAGGAUAUAAAGCAUGUUAUGAACUCUGAUGUUGCCAUCAAUGCUUUGUUGACGAGGUUGAAGCAGUCUUUGCUGAUCUGCGAGGAAUUUACCAAGUUUGUGCGCAAGAAGUAUAUAUUUGAAGAGGAGCACACCAAUGAAUUGGCAAAGCAAUAUAAGCAUUUCUUUAACACGACGCCCAGCAGCAACUCGUCUCUAAACCGUAUCAUGCAUGAAGUGCUUUCCUAUGAUGGUAAGAUGAGCCAAGUCAAAUCAAGCUACGUGAAAGCACUACAGAAAAUGUACGAUGAGCUGACAGCACUUCUAUUCACUAUGACUAAGUUAAGGAAAAGCUGUAAAGAGAAUAGCAGAAGACUUGAGAAGGAAGUCACUGAUGCAAUCCAUAGUGCAGAAAAGGCACAGGCUCGUUAUAACUCGUUGUGUCAGGAUUGGGACAAGUUGAGAAUGACUGAUCCUUCUAAGACCAAACUGACUCUUAGAGGUUCUAAGACUAAUAAAGAGCAAGAAGAAGAAUUGCUACGGAAAAUCGAUGCGCAGGACUUAGAAUACAAACAAAAAGUCGAUCAUUCUACUUCUUUGAGAAAUACUUUCAUUACCAAGGAAAGACCAAAAAUUGUAAGAGAAUUGAAAGAUAUGAUCCUCGAAAUGGAUACUGCAUUGGCCAUUCAAUUACAAAAGUACACUAUAUGGACUGAGAACUUAAUAUUGAACACAGGUAUAACUGUUAGUCCAUUGGACUCUUCGAAAUCGAUGAAGUCUCUUGCAGCCUCAGUUAGCAACGAGAGAGAUUUGUAUCAGUUCUUGAAGAAAUAUAAUCAAUCUGGUAAGAAUUCAAUGUUAGUAAAUAGGAAUUUGAUCCCAGUUGAGUAUUCAAAACAUCCAUCAAUGAAGAAGAGUCAAAGCUCCCAAAGAAAUUUUAGUGGCCCUAAAAAACCACCAAAAUUUGCUGUUGAUCCAUCCAGGAAUUCGAUACCAAAACGUAUUCUGUCAACGCACAAUGACACACCUUUCGAUUCAUCCCCAAGCACACCAUCUAUGACAAAAUCAGGUACAUUUACAGAGCUCGGUGUAAGCUCAGUAUCAACAGCGCCUACUUCGUCUAGUUCUGGGAACAUAAAAUACCAGAAUACUAGUAGAGACCAGUCACUGCCAUCAUUGCCUUCGAAUGUCAUGGAAAAAGAGCGUAUCCCAUCAAAUUCCAUGAACUCACAAUUCUCAACCUUGGAUCCAGGUCCUAGGGCAAAAAUAGUACCAAGUUUAUCGACUACAAUUUCCAUGAGUGGCAGUGAGACUGAUAGACCUAUCUCUCAUAUUCAAACUGGUAGUUCGAUGCCACCAGGUGUUUCCAAGAAUUUCAAAUCCUUUGGUGUACCACUUGAAGAUUUGAUUGAAUUCGAAAAUGAUAUGGUUCCAGCUAUUGUACGCCAAAGUAUUUAUGUCAUUGAUACAUACGGGUUAGAUUUGGAGGGAAUAUAUAGAAAAUCUGCCAACGUAUUAGAUGUGAGCAAACUAAAGGAUGAAAUAGAUAAAGAUCCAGCUAAUGUAUCAAUGAUUUUACCUCCAAGAAAUCAUUCAGAUUCUGAUAUAUAUCUGGUUGGUUCAUUACUAAAAACUUUUUUUGCAUCUUUACCUGAUGCUCUGCUUCCUAGAGAUAUAACAGCUGAAGUUAAGACAUGUGUAGCAAUUGAGGAUCCAACUACAAGGAAAAACUACAUGCACGGGUUACUGUAUAAAUUACCGGAUGCCCAAUACUGGACGUUGAGGGCAUUAUUGUUUCAUUUAAAACGGGUCUUGGAACAUGAACCUACGAACAGGAUGAAUACGAAAUCACUAUGUAUAAUAUGGGGCCCAACCAUUAUAGCUCCUAAUGAUGAAGAUAGGAAUGAUGUCAACUAUCAAAUAAAAGCAAUGGAAGUCUUACUAGACGUGACUGAUCAGGCAUUUGAAGCCGAGGAAUGA